GGUAGGUAGUUUUAAAUGACUAUUGUUUUUCGAAGAAUAAUACAUGCGCUCGAACCAAUUUUCGAAGCACUUAUUCCACUCGUUUGCUGGCAGAUCCAAAACGGCAUUUUUGAAUGCGUCAACUGCUUCUUCUGGUGACUCGAACCUUUGACCACGCAGUCUGUUUUUAAUUUUCGGGAAAGUAAAGAAAUCGUUAGGACUUCGAUCGGGACUAUAUGGAGGAUGGUCCAAUAAUUCCACAUUUUCUUCUGUUAAAUACUGCCUUGUUUUUUGAGGCUUUUGACACAAAUGUCGCGACC